UUUGCACGAUCGCCUUCCUCCUGCUCGGAGCGGGCAGCCCGGCCGGCGGGAGGGACCAGCUUGAGACUCGUCGGAGGGAGGCUUUUGGCCCGCCGCAAGGGUGGUGCAAGGGCAGUCUUCUCAGGAGCGCCGCGCCGCGGGCCGGUCUCCCGGCUGCCCCCGGCAGAAGGACCCGAGAGGCGGCUGAUCGCGGGGACCCCUUCGUAGACUCGAACGCAGCCAUGGGGGAGGACGGGGUGCAAGCGGAGAAGAGCAGCGGGUACGUCUCCCCGAGCUCCGACGGCGCCGGGCCUCUGGAUCACGGCAGCCCCAGCCCGGUGCCGUCGGGCAGCCGCAGCCCCAGCCUGCCGCCGGCCGCUCCGGGCGAGCCGAUCCGGGACGGCUCGCAGGUGAACGCCAUCACGGUGCUGACGCUGCUGGACAAGCUGGUGAACAUGCUGGACUCGGUGCAGGAGAAGCAGGAGAAGAUGGAACAGCGGCAGAUCGAGCUGGAGGGCUCGGUGAAGGGCAUCCAGGGCGACCUGAGCAAGCUGUGCAAGAACCACACGUCCACCAGCAACACGGUGGCCAAGCUGCUGGAGAAGUCGCGCAAGGUCAGCGCCAACACGCGCGACGUGCGCGACCGCAUGGACCGCCAGUGCGCCCAGGUGAAGCGCCUGGAGCACAACCACGCGCAGCUGCUGCGCCGCAAUCACUUCAAGGUGCUCAUCUUCCAGGAAGAAAACGAAAUCCCUGCCAGUGUGUUUGUGAAGGAGCCUGUUCCCAGUAUUACUGAGGGGAAGGAAGAGCCUCUUGAUGAGAACAAGACUUUGGAAGAAACCUUGCAUACCGUGGAGCUGUCCUCAGAGGAUGAGGCACCCCACGAGGAAGGUGCUGAUGACAGCAUGGAUGAGAAAAUCGAGGAAACCAGAGCUGAGAAGAUCAAAAGGUCAAGCCUCAAGAAGGUGGACAGCCUCAAGAAAGCGUUUUCCCGCCAAAAUAUCGAGAAGAAGAUGAACAAGUUGGGCACCAAGAUCGUCUCUGUGGAACGGAGGGAGAAGAUUAAGAAGUCCCUCACCCCUAACCACCAGAAGUCCUCCUCAUCAAAGAGUUCAUCCUUCAAGGUCUCUCCCCUUACAUUCAACGUGAAGAAGGUCCGUGGUGGAGAUAAUUCUGUGGAAGCCGAAGACAAGUUGGCCGAAGCAGCCAGCAGUGAGCACACAGCAAAUGAUGAGGAGACCUCCUUCACUGGGGUUCCCUCCGACCUGGUCUCUCCCACCUCUCAAGAUGAAGAAGGAAACGCCUUGGCUGACUCCCUGGAAAAGGACACAGGAAGUGAAGGAGAACCACCAGUGGUCAACGACAACAUCGAGCUUGCAAUUGUUGAAGAGGAUGACGACUAUAGGGCUUCACUAGAAACCACACAGGAAUACUAUGAGGAAAGGAACAAACCGACCCGGGAAGACAUGGAACAAUCUGACGAAGAGCCGAGCCAAGCUGCUAUCCUUCACGUAGACCAAACAGCAUAAAUCUUCUGAGCCUUCUUUUCCGUUUUUGAAUACAUUUGAUUUUUUUAAACUACAGUAAUAACCAGGGUAUAUGUUUAUUACACAAUAAAACAAGGGAUAGCAGUAAGUUAAGGUGGAGAUGUUUUUAAUGUACAUUUCCACAAAGUCUAAUUUCAUGAAAUUAGAAUGGAAGACUACAGUGACAAAUGAGGUCUGAUACCUAAGUAAUUUGAAUGCAAGUUUGUUGGCAUUUUCUAGGCAACUUCAAUUUCUUCCACCCCUUUGCCAUUUUCUGUUGUUGCAAUGAACGGUAAAUGGAGUUGUGUUUAAAGGAACCGGUGGAGACACUUAAACCAAUUGACAAAGGGUCUAGCUACUCUACAAAUUUAAUCAGAUUUAUAUUCAUUUAUGGUUGCAUCCAAUGGGUUGUAUCCAGUGUCACUCUAACUUGCAUCCCAUUCAUUUGAUGGUUCUCAUUAGAGUACUAGAUACAGCCCUUAACUUUUCCCCAGAUAAUCUUGGGAAUUGUAGCUGGGUAAGGAAGCUGAGAUAUCGUGAACAUCAGCAAACCUAUCAGAGAAUUCUGGCUUCCAAGGUUCCAUGGACUCUUAAACCAUUUUAAGGCGGGGGUGCAAGUUUGAUUUUGCAUUUCAUCAGUGAAAAAGACUCCAAGUAUGAUGUUCAUCCCACGUUAUUCUUCCAGCCAUGCUACAUGGAAGGACUUAAUUUUUGGGAAAGAGUGAGCCAGCAUUGAAAGGGACAUUUUGGCUGCAGUCAUAUACAGAGUUAAUCCGGGAGUUAAACUUAGUGGGACUUACUUCUGAGUACACAGGAUCGCACUGUUCAGUGUAGCCUGCUUUGCUUGCUGACCCUGGGAAAUCAGGUGAUUUGGGGAGAGGGGAAGGAUGUCUCUGCAUGUUAAUGAACCGUUCUCCUGCUCACUGCUUUUUAAGCAACUAAUUGUGAGCUGCAGGCUAUGUGUUUUUCCCUCCGUGUAGGUUUAUUUACACAGCUUUGUUUGUUCCCCUCUCUAAAAAUAUUUAAGCUUGGUUCUUCAGGUUAACUGUCGAUGCGGUAAAGUCACCACAUGGUGUUUUUUCUUCUUAAGUGUCAGAAACUUCACAUGACCAAAGCUGCCCUUGGCCAUGACAAUGAGUCUCGAAAAUCAGGACUUACCCUGAUUUGAUUCCCUUGGCACUCACUACAUGAAGGCACACCAAAAGGAAAUAUUUUUACUGGGAAAAUCAAUGCUAUGAAGAUCAGCACUGUGGUGACUUCACCUGAUCAAAAGUAGUGUGAGACUUGGAGCUUUGCUGCUUUAUUGUUAGUAACUACUGAGGCAGAGCAAUUAGGCUAUUGUGUGGUCAGCUAACUAGGGACCAUCUUAAUCAUAGCUGAGCUUUAUUACUCUUCACAAUAUUAUUUUAUCCACCUCCACUAUUCUCAGGAGGAGUUUUUGCUUUUCUGUUACUUCCUCUUUAAAAUCAAAAUCUAGCGUUACUUGAACAUCUGUAUUAGUGUAGUGGGAUUAAUUGGAGCUGGUAUUCUGAAGACCAGUUUUCAUCUUCUCCACAACACACACUCUGUAAUGGAAAAUCGGCACAAUUGUCCAUGGAAGAUGGGAUACGUUGGGUGUGAUGGCCUCAUGCAAGUCAUGGACCCAGCAGGUAGAUUGUAGGCAGAUCAAGGACCAAUGUGGGGAGCCUUUGAUGCUGCAGAUGGUGUUGAAUGCCAGCUCCCAUCAGCCCUAGCCUGGUGAUCCUGGAUGGUGAUGAAGAGCAUCUGCAGGGCUAUGUAGUCCCUACCACUGCAUGUCUAGGUUCUUCGGGGUGCAAUUCUGUGCAUGUUUAGACUUGUGAAGUAAAGAAUGCUGGGAAUUGUAGUCCUUUUUUCUGGGUAAACAUGCAUAGGAUUGCACCUUUAGGCAUAUGCAGGCUGAGGGGGAGAAUGCUAUCCUAGGAAUGUUUUUCUUUUGCAGAAGUUGCUAUUUUGCUGAUGGUGCCCUUUUCCUCAGGAGAUCUUUGGAGUGUGGUGUUGUAACUGGUCAUAAGUGGAGACGGGUGAAGCAUUUAGUUUGUUGGUUGUAUGUAAAGUCAAAGUAGUGUACAUAUGUCCUCUAGUUAAGUUUGCUUCCCUUCCCCUUUGUUCUAAGAUUGCUGUUUGCCUUGUUUUGUUCCAGCUAUGCCAAUUCAAUUAUUAAUGUAUGUACACACACGUGCGCACACACACACACACACACACACACACACACACUAUUUUGAUCUAUUUUAAGAGAGAACAGGUUUUAAAAUAGAAUAAAGUCCUAUUUGCUCAUUUAAAAAGGAAGCACUAUGUUUAAAUUGCAAAAGGGAGAUCUAUAUUGUAAUCGAAGCAGCUCAUGGAAAUAAAUUAUCAAACAGAUUUAUAUAUUCAGCCAGCUACUGUAUUUAAGAGUGAAAUGUAAGAGAUGGAUUGGUAUAUUGCAAUAUAGCCUAAUAAAAGUAAAGAGAAUCUAUGAUAAAAUAGAGGAGAGAGUCGGACACAAUAUUCUGCCAAACUAUAGAGUACAUGGGAUAGCAGUCCAAGUGAACUGUUCCAGAAAGAUAAUUUUUCAUUCUGCACCUGAACAACAUUACAAAUAAGGGUGUUCUGAAAAGUAUAUCAAUAGAUUAUUUAUAUGUAUGUAUGUAUGUAACAGAAGAUGGCCACAUUCCAGUACGUGAAAUGCACCUUAACUCACCAGAUUUUCAUGGGACUUGAGUGUGCCUAACUACAUUGGCCAAUAUUCAGAUGUGGAAAGUGUUGACAAAUGGCAGAAAUGUUGACGAUGCUUCACACACAUGGGUAAUGUCCAGCUUAAGUAACUACAUGGGAAUGCUGACAGCAGCCAUCUGGGAUUGGCCAGUGAAUCUGGACAGGUUCCAUAUUUUUGGACAUCUCUUAAGGCUCAUGGGGGGUUGCUAACAUUCCCUUGUCAUUUUUAACAAGUUACACAUUUUGAACAAUAACUGUAAUAUGUAGGAUUUAUGUUCAGAUGGAAAUAUAAGAAGUGUUUUAAAAGUGAACGGAAGGCUUUUUCAGCUAGUGAUGUCAGAAGAGUUUAUAAUAUGUUGUAUGUGUUUUUGUGUUUUUUUUUAAUUUUGUGGUUGGAGUUACAAAUGGCUAUUGAGUGCAAUCCACCAGGAAUUUCUGCAGUGUAAGCCCAGUACAAAUCUGUUUAUGCAGUUCUGAUUCAUUUCAGUAGGGCUUUGUGAGUCUGAAGAGUUUCCAUUGGACAAUGUGCAGGUUGCAUCCACAAUUUCUGCAUCUUGCGAGUUCCCACUGGACUUCACAGAUAUAGCAUCUGAAUUUUCUGAAGUUAUUUCAUUUUUCAACCAAAACCUUGACAUGUUCAGAAAGGAAACUGCAUUCCUUCUGCAUAUUCUUGCUCACCGAAUCCUCCAUCCUGAUUAAGCACAAAUGUAAUAACAAACUCACAAGUGCCUGACAAUCUCCCUUUAUUAUUUGUAUACAAAGUAUUUUUCUCCUUUUAAUACUGAUAAAACCUGCUUUUGCAUAUUGCACUAAAGCCUUAGCUUUGCUGCCCAACCCCAUAUAUUUAGAACUGCAAAUUAAGAAAGUCUUCUAAGAAAACAUAUCUAUGACAGUGAGCUAUUCCCUGUGAAGAGCUUUGUGCAACUUUUUACAUGUCACUGGAUGCUUGAUUAGAGUUGAUUUCUAAGCAGGACUUUAAACCUUUUUUUAAAAAAAUCUACAAUAUUAUGAGAGAGUUGCAAUCUGUAGAAAUAACUGUGAUGUAAUCCACACAUUCAUCUUACUUUGAAUUAACAAUAAUGCCUGUUACUAACUGCAAAUGUGUUAAAGUCAAUAAAAACAAACUGAACUAA